AUGCCUUUCAGCGAUGGGGAAUGGCUGAAAAAACGUGCCACAGAAGUCAGUGAAAUGAUUUCUUUAAUUUGCAAGCCUGACAUUAUAUCAAAGGAGAAAUUAGUGGUUAUGUUUUUACUCCACUCAGCUGUGAAUGACAUUUCUAGCCCAAUCACUGAGACAUUCUGCGCAAUUUACCAAAAACUUGAAGGGGAUGACAACAUGCUUUGUAUUUGUAAAGAUUUAACAGUAUUUGAACAAUGGAAACACGUAGUACAAACUCGGUGUAAAGUUGAUAUCACAAGUAAAUGUAUUUACGAGUUAAGUCUGAAUGAGAUCAAUUGCACCAUUCAGAAAACAAGAGAGCCUCAGACAAGUUCAGUGAACAGAUACCUGCCCUCCUUUGGCUCUAGCUCAGUCCUUCUUACAAAAAAGGAUCAGGCUCAGAUGACAGUCCUUGAAAUACUUGCCGAGAACGAAUGUGAAAAUACAGAGAUUGAAACAAUGGAUUCUUUCAUGCAAUUCAAGAAUAAAACUGAGGAAGACUUUUACAGAGGUGGCCAAGUGAAAUGGUGGAACUUCUACCUGUCAGAAAGACCAGGGUCCAUUCCAUUCAUAAAACGUGAUAAGUAUGAGGAACUACACAACCUCAUAACACCAACAGAGGGUUACUCAUCCCCAUGUAUAAUAAUUAACCUGUUCCAUCACCCUGGCUGUGGUGGAACUACACUGGCCAUGCAUGUGUUGUGGAACUUGAGACGAAAAUUCAGGUGCGCUGUCUUGAAAAAUAAUUCUGCACAAAGUAGUGAAAUAGCAGUCCAAGUCACACAAUUGCUGACCUAUGGAAAAGAAGAACCAUCAACUUACACUCCUGUUCUCCUUUUAGUGGACAACUGGGAAGAUGUCGAGGACCUACAGCGGUGCAUACUCUGUGCAGCACAUGGAAAAAAAAACAGGAGAGUUUGA